AUGGCAGCUAAUAACGAGGCAGAAUAUACAAAAAAAUUCGCAUGUGACAUAGUAUGUGAUCCCGACGACAAAGCUACUAAGAAACCCGUGGAUCUUGGACUGACGUACAGUAAUGGAGCUGCAUUAAUAAUUAAAUGGUUGACAAUGAAUCCAGAAGGUAUUGGAACGUUACCAGAUAAAAAAGAGAACCAGCAAUUUGCCGCACAAGUGAACAAGAUCCAUGAUGAAGUACAAAAUGGUUGGACAUAUGAAGGAGAAUUUACAAACUAUGAAAAAUUAAAUACAGGACAUACUUCCAAAGCGCUCUUUGGGAAACUUAAAGUAAAUUGUUCUUCUUUCAAUCCUUUGAAAAAUUAUUCUUUCAAUCCUUUGAGAGUAGACGAAUAUUCAAAUAAUUUUAAUGAAAUUAGACUUCCACCUAAGGAUCAAUAUGAACUAAAAUGCAUUCUAGACAGAAUAAUCAAUCUAGCAUCUGAGGACAGAGAUGUCAAAGGUUUUAUUACAAUCAAUUACUAUAAAAAGGGCGGUAAGGCGCCUCAGAUUCAGGCAAAAUACGUCGGUUUUUAUGUUAAUAAGAAAACAGCAACCAUAACUCUUCUUGGUCAACAAUCUGGUUUAUUUGAAUAUAAACCGGUAAAUGGUCUCGAUAAUGAUAUGACGACUUCCUUUCUUGCAUUGAUUGUGCUGAAAGAAGUAUUUGUGUUCGAUUAUCAACACGAGACUAAAAAUUUUGCAGGAUUAACUGUUAGUGCUGGUUAUAGUAAUGGAUAA